UUGUGUCAACUUAUCAGUCGCUAAUAGUUUGUGAUACGGAGGUACCUUGAAAGUAAAGCAAUAGUAAACACGUAAUUUGGCAAUAACUAAGGUUUUUUUUUUAAUGUUAUUCUAAAUCAAUAGAAAAUAAUAUUUUUUUUCAAAAGUUUCCGAUAAAAUUUCUUACUUGCUUGUGUAGACUUGUACUUUUAUAGUUUUCCUCAUCCAGUGUUAAUAAAAAAUGACUUUAUCAGAAUAUUCCCAAUUAAAACAAUACAUAGUCUUCUCAGUUGGCACAAACGAAAGACAUAGUAUGAUAUUAAGUUCAUUGAAAGAGUUAUUUAGAGAAGCCAUAAAUUCAGUAAGAAGGUUUGAACAAAUAAACACCAUUGGCCAACUGCUUAAGGUCUUAGAAAUACGAGAUCUCUUGUCUGAAGAUAAUGUGGAGUGUCUGAAAAGCAUAGCUUUAAAACUUCCAAACCCAAAGGAAGUUAUACAGAAGAUAACGGACUAUGAACACUCUCAUGUUCCAAGAGUAUAUGGCAAUUAUUAUGAGACAUCAUCCCAAAAUAUUAAAAGAGAGCCACCAAUAGAAGAAAGUUUUCUCACUAGCUGUCCAGUAACAAAUACUCUAAGCAAAAGGAAAAAGCAAAGGAUUUUUGAAACUAUCAUUGAAGAAAUUGGCAGUUUCUGGAGGGAUUUAGGAAGAAACUUGAAAAUUCGAGAAAGUAAAAUUGAUGAAAUAGACUUCCAAAAUACUACUCUGGCUGUCAAAGCUAAAGCAUUGAUGGAUGCUUUUGAAAGCAGAGCAGAUCCUCAAAGAUGGUUUUUUGUCCUUUGUGAUGCCUUAGAAAAAUGUAGAAGAAAAGACCUGGCCAGGUCAAUACAGGAUAUAAUGGCUAUGAAUAUUUAACUUUGUCUUUGAAGAAGUAAUAUUUUUGUAUUAGGUUCAAAAUGCAGUAUGGUUUACAUGCAUAAAUCAAGUUUCGACUCAAUAAAGAAUAACAUGAACUUCACUGCAAUUCAAGCAGUAAAAGUUAAGUUAAAUCAUAAAAGUAAUAUAAAACUUUUUUAGUAAUAAAUAUUUUAAAUAAUUAUAGUAAAA